GGAUUUUGCAAGACAAUCAAGUUUGUUUGGUACCUAAUUACAACCGCCUCCAUAAACAGCAUCACAGAUCCUCCAGGCAGUCCUACGGACCGUAUAAAAGCACUCACCACUCAGGGCUCUUCUAAACACUUCUCCGGACUUCAUCUCCUCAUUCAACUGGGUUUACCUCCAUCCCAGAAAGAUGACUUUCUCCAGCCUGUGCUAUCCAGAAUGCGGGGUGGCCCGACCCAGUCCAGUCACUGGCACAUGCAACGAGCCGUGCGUUAGGCAGUGCCAGGACUCCGAAGUGGUGAUCAGACCCUCACCGGUUGUCGUAACCCUCCCAGGACCAAUUAUGAGCAAUUUCCCUCAGCAUAGUGGCGUGGGAGCUGUCGGAGCACCUGUGGUCGGACCCGGUUUCGGGGGCUCAUUCGGUCAUGGGGGAUUCGGCUAUGGAGGCCUUUACGGAGGAUUGUAUGGUUUAGGGGGAUACGGUGGUUAUGGCGGCCAUUACGGUUAUGGGGGAUUAGGUGGUUAUGGGGGAUUAGGUGGUUACCUGGGCGGUUAUGGUUAUGGGGGAUUGUGUGGUUCCGGGGUAUCUUGCCAUAGGUACCUCAGUGGAAACUGUGGGCCAUGUUAAACGUGUCAGGAAUAUUUGUUGAACAAGGAAGAACCAGGAAAUGAACAGCAAGAUACAGAUUCACGCCUGAUCUUUUGGGCAUGGCUUUCAGAAGUGCUGUGCAAACAUUGCUCCGGUUGAACUCAGUGGCAGCUGUGUGUGCCCAGCACCUUGGUCUGAUAGCCAUGCUGCAUUUCUACUGUUAUGAUUUGGGAUUCUUUCUGCCAAGGCUUUGCCAACCAAGUGCUGAUUCUUUUAUUCACAUAAGGACCCAUUCUGAAUUACACGCAGGCUGUUUAGACUAACUCCGCAAUUUAAAGGAAAUAGGGGCCUUAAGACAGGCAUCAGCUACAUUUAUUAUUAUUUUAUGUCCCUUGAGAUU